ACCUCUAUACAGAAGCGUUUUGUCUAUUUUUUUUCUCGUCGUGUCUGUGUGUGCUUAAUUAUUUGUUGUGAAAAUUAGGCGCUUUUAUUGUGCAUAAAACGUUGAAAAAUUGCAUUUAACCGCAAGCAUGGCAUCCGAGGAAGAGAAUGACGAUAAUAUCCAAGAAGAGGAGGAAGCGGUCGAGGACAAUGCUCAGGUGGCGGAGCUAUCUAACGAUUCUGAUGCCCCAUUGAAGCCCAAUGCGUUGCCGAACGAUGAGGACGAUGACUACGAUCCAGAGGAUAAUCGCAAGAAGAAGAAGGGCAAGAAGCGUAAGACGAAGAAGGGCGAGGAGAAGGGACGCAAAAAGAAGAAACGCAAGAGGAACGAGAGCGAGGAGGACAGCGACUUUGUGCAGCACGACGAGGAAGUUGAGUAUCCCAGCACUUCAUCGAAACGUGGACGCAAGCGCAAAGAGGAGAAGCAGGCCCAGAAGGAGAAGGAAUCUUCAUCGUCGGGAAUGCCAUCAGUGGAUGAUGUGUGCUCGGCGUUUAGCGUAUGCGAUGUGGAGAUUGAGUACAGUGAGGAGGAUCUGCAGAGCCUGACCACGUACAAGGCAUUCAUGCAGCAUGUGCGACCCAUAUUACAAAAGGAGAAUCCGAAAAUUGCCGCAACCAAGCUGAUGAUGCUGGUGGCGGCCAAAUGGCGUGAGUUCUGUGAGAGCAAUCCGCACAUACAGCAGGAGCAGCAGCAGCAGGGCGGCGGACAGGCACAGCCAGCGGCAGCAGCGCCCGAGACGGAUGAGCCGCGUUCAUCGCGCUCGUCGCGCAACGAGAAGCCCGACGAUAUCUACGAGGAGGAGGAGGACGAGGAGGAAGAGGAGGAGGAGAAGAAGCCGCGACGCAAACGCAGCGGACGCAGCAGCAACAAAAAGGGACGUCGUCAAGGAGCCGCCAAGGUGCCAACCUUAAAGAUCAAGUUUGGCAAGCGGAAGCGCGACAGCUCCGACGAAGAACCAGAUGCCAGUGGCGCCUCCGAGCGUGACUCUGAUCUGGAGUUUGAGCGCAUGCUGCAGAAGUCCGAUGACAGCGCCGAUGAGAAGGAAAAGGAGAAAGAGAAGGAGAAACAACCAGCAGAGACGACAGCCGCCGCAGCCGGCGUCCAAGAGGACGGUACGCCAGUGGUGCGCAAGAAGGCCAAAACCAAGAUUGGCAACAAGUUCAAGAAGAAGAACAAAAUGAAGAAAACAAAGAACUUCCCAGAGGGCGAGGAUGGCGAACACGAGCAUCAGGACUACUGCGAGGUGUGCCAACAGGGCGGCGAAAUCAUCCUCUGCGACACGUGUCCACGUGCCUAUCAUUUGGUCUGCCUGGAGCCGGAACUGGACGAGCCGCCAGAGGGUAAAUGGUCGUGCCCCCACUGCGAGGCCGAUGGCGGCGCCGCCGAGGAGGAGGAUGAUGACGAGCAUCAGGAGUUUUGCCGUGUGUGCAAGGAUGGGGGUGAGCUGCUCUGCUGCGACUCCUGCCCAUCGGCAUACCAUACGUUCUGUCUGAAUCCACCGCUGGACACCAUACCCGAUGGCGACUGGCGCUGUCCACGCUGCAGUUGCCCACCUCUGGUCGGCAAGGCCGAGAAGAUCAUCACCUGGCGUUGGGCGGUGCAGCGUCGCGACAGCAGCGAAGCAUCCACCUCGAAGAGCGCCAAGAUGGGCAAUCGGGUGCGCGAGUAUUUCAUCAAGUGGCACAACAUGUCCUACUGGCACUGCGAUUGGGUCUCCGAGGUGCAGCUGGAUGUGCAUCAUCCGCUGAUGAUACGCUCCUUUCAGCGCAAAUACGAUAUGGAGGAGCCACCGAAAUUCGAGGAGUCCCUGGACGAGGCCGAUACCCGUUUCAAGCGCAUUCAGCGCCACAAGGACAAGGUGGGCAUGAAGGGCAACGAUGAUGACGAUGAGGCCGCUCUCGAGGAGCGCUUCUACAAGAAUGGCGUCAAGCCCGAAUGGCUGAUCGUGCAGCGUGUGAUCAAUCAUCGGACGGCACGCGAUGGCAGCACCAUGUAUCUGGUGAAGUGGCGCGAGCUGCCCUAUGACAAGUCCACCUGGGAGGAGGAGGGCGAUGAUAUACCCGGUCUGCGUCAGGCCAUCGAUUACUAUCAGGAUCUGCGUGCUGUUUGCACCUCGGAGCAGACGCGUGCCGCCACCAGCAAGAAGAACAAGAAGGGACGCAAAACGAAGCAUAAACUUGAACUGGACGAUGAGGAUCGUCCCGUCAAGCAUUAUACACCGCCGCCGGAGAAACCCACCACGGAUCUGAAGAAGAAAUACGAGGGUCAGCCGACAUUCCUCGACGAUACGGGCAUGCAGUUACAUCCCUAUCAGAUUGAGGGCAUCAACUGGUUGCGCUACAGCUGGGGCCAGGGCAUCGAUACCAUACUGGCUGAUGAGAUGGGUCUGGGCAAGACGAUUCAGACGGUCACCUUUCUCUACUCGCUGUACAAGGAGGGCCAUUGCCGUGGUCCGUUCCUCGUGGCUGUGCCUCUCUCCACGCUGGUCAACUGGGAGCGUGAGUUUGAGCUGUGGGCACCCGAUUUCUAUUGCAUUACCUACAUUGGCGACAAGGACUCCCGAGCGGUGAUCCGCGAGAACGAGCUAACCUUCGAGGAGGGCGCCAUCAGAGGCACCAAAGUCUCCCGCUUGCGAACAACUCAAUACAAGUUCAAUGUGCUGCUCACCAGCUACGAGCUGAUCUCCAUGGAUGCACCGUGUCUGGGCAGCAUUGAUUGGGCGGUGCUGGUCGUGGAUGAGGCACAUCGCUUGAAGAGCAACCAGAGCAAGUUCUUCCGCAUCCUGAACAGCUAUGCGAUUGCCUACAAGCUGCUGCUCACUGGCACACCCUUGCAGAACAAUCUGGAGGAAUUGUUCCAUUUGCUCAACUUUUUGAGUCGCGAUAAGUUCAACGAUCUGCAGGCGUUCCAGGGCGAAUUCGCCGAUGUUUCGAAGGAGGAGCAGGUGAAGCGUCUGCACGAGAUGCUCGGCCCCCACAUGCUGCGUCGCCUGAAAACGGAUGUGCUCAAGAAUAUGCCAUCCAAGUCGGAGUUCAUCGUUCGUGUCGAGUUGUCGGCCAUGCAGAAGAAGUUCUACAAGUUCAUAUUGACCAAAAACUAUGAGGCGCUCAAUUCGAAGAGCGGCGGCGGUUCCUGUUCCCUGAUCAACAUCAUGAUGGAUCUGAAGAAGUGCUGCAACCAUCCCUAUCUAUUCCCCUCGGCAUCCGAGGAGGCACCCACCUCGGCGGGUGGCAUCUAUGAGCUGCUCUCGCUAACCAAGGCAGCCGGCAAACUGGUGUUGCUCUCAAAGAUGCUGAAGCAGCUGAAGUCACAGAAUCAUCGCGUGCUCAUAUUUUCGCAGAUGACGAAAAUGCUGGACAUACUCGAGGACUUCCUCGAGGGUGAGCAGUACAAGUACGAGCGAAUCGAUGGCAGCAUCACGGGCACAUUGCGCCAGGAGGCAAUCGAUAGAUUCAAUGCGCCCGGCGCUCAACAGUUUGUCUUCUUGCUCAGUACUCGAGCUGGUGGCUUGGGCAUCAAUCUGGCCACAGCCGAUACGGUCAUUAUCUAUGACUCGGAUUGGAAUCCCCACAAUGAUAUACAGGCGUUCUCGCGUGCCCAUCGUAUUGGACAGGCGAACAAGGUGAUGAUCUAUCGCUUUGUCACACGCAACUCGGUUGAGGAGCGUGUGACGCAGGUGGCCAAGCGCAAAAUGAUGUUGACCCAUUUGGUGGUGCGUCCCGGCAUGGGUGGUAAAGGUGCCAAUUUCACAAAACAGGAAUUGGACGACAUUCUGCGCUUCGGCACUGAGGAUCUCUUCAAGGAGGAUGACAAAGAGGAGGCCAUUCACUAUGAUGACAAGGCCGUUGCAGAGUUGUUGGAUCGCACCAAUCGCGGCAUCGAGGAGAAGGAAUCGUGGGCCAAUGAGUAUCUAUCCUCGUUCAAGGUGGCCUCCUAUGCCACCAAGGAGGAGGAGGAAGAGGAGGAGACCGAGAUUAUCAAGCAAGAUGCCGAGAACUCAGAUCCAGCAUAUUGGGUCAAACUGCUGCGUCACCACUACGAGCAGCACCAGGAGGAUGUGGGUCGUUCCCUCGGCAAGGGCAAACGUGUGCGCAAGCAGGUGAAUUACACAGAUGGUGGCGUCGUGGCGGCAGACACAUCACGCGACGACUCCAACUGGCAGGACAAUGGCAGCGAAUACAAUUCCGAAUACUCCGGCGGCAGCGAUGAGGAUGGCGGCGACGAUGACUUCGAUGAGCAGAACGGCGAACGCAAGGCCAAGCGCCGCUUGGAGCGACGCGACGAUCGUCCCCUGCCACCACUCCUUGCUCGUGUUGGGGGCAACAUUGAGGUGCUGGGCUUCAAUGCCCGCCAACGGAAGAGCUUCCUCAAUGCGAUCAUGCGCUAUGGCAUGCCACCCCAGGAUGCCUUCAAUUCACAGUGGCUGGUGCGGGAUCUGCGCGGCAAAUCGGAGCGCAAUUUCAAGGCGUACGUCUCCCUGUUCAUGCGGCAUCUGUGCGAGCCGGGUGCCGACAAUGCCGAGACCUUUGCCGAUGGAGUGCCCCGUGAGGGUUUGUCCCGACAGCAUGUGCUCACGCGCAUCGGUGUGAUGUCCCUUAUCCGCAAGAAGGUGCAGGAGUUUGAGCACAUCAAUGGCUAUUACAGCAUGCCCGAGCUAAUACUCAAACCGUGCGAGCCAGUCCGUGCUGCUGUCGGCAAACAGGAGCCGGGAGUUCCACUAGACGCCGCAGCGGCGGCAUCAGCAACGGCUGCGGGCGGCAAACCGCCAGCAGAGAGCGCCACUACCAGCAACAGUGCGACGCCAGCGACGAGUGCAGCUCCAAGUCCGGCGCCAGCAUCCGAGAAGAGCGAGGACAACAAAGCUGCGCUAGACAAAGCAACGUCCGAGAAGCUGGAGCCCAAAUCCGAGCCCGAUGCUGAGGAUGCCGACAAGAAGCCAACCGAUGGCGCGGUGGACAAGGCCGAAGACUCUGCUGCCGGUGGUGAUGGUGAGGCAAAGGCAAAGGUCAGCGAGGCGAUUGUCAAGAGUGAGGUAGCUAAAGUGGAGCCAAAAGAGGAGCCCAAGGAGGAGUCGCCUCCCAAGAGCGAGCCGAGCGACGAUAAGGAAAAGGAGAAAGAGAAAGAGAAGGAAAAGGAGAAGGAGAAGACAAGCAGCAGCGAGGAGAAACCAACAAUCAAUCCAAGCACCACAACAACAACACCAGCAACAACAAACAUCAUCGAUGAUGAUGACGACGAUGUGAUGAUUGUCAAGGAGGAUGGCGAACUGGAGAAGCCCAAUGCCAGCGCUAAUGCGGCCAAGGAUCAGAAGAACGCUGCAGCCGUAUCCGGCGGCACUGCUGGCAAAUUGGUCGAGGACAGCCUGGAGGUACUGAAGCGCAAAUUUAUGUUUAACAUUGCCGAUGGCGGAUUUACGGAGCUGCACACCUUGUGGCUGAACGAGGAGAAGGCAGCGGUGCCUGGCCGCGAAUAUGAGAUCUGGCAUAGACGUCACGACUACUGGCUGCUGGCUGGCAUUGUUACACACGGCUACGGCCGUUGGCAGGACAUUCAGAACGAUAUCCGUUUUGCGAUCAUCAAUGAGCCGUUCAAAAUGGACGUGGGCAAGGGUAACUUUUUGGAAAUUAAGAACAAGUUUCUGGCCCGACGCUUCAAGCUGCUCGAACAGGCGCUGGUCAUUGAGGAGCAGCUGCGACGUGCGGCAUUCUUGAAUCUCGCCCAGGAUCCCAGUCAUCCGGCCAUGUCGUUAAAUGCACGCUUCGCCGAGGUCGAAUGCCUGGCCGAAUCGCAUCAGCAUCUGAGCAAGGAAUCGUUGGCUGGCAAUAAGCCGGCCAAUGCUGUCCUGCACAAGGUUCUCAACCAGCUCGAGGAGCUGCUGUCCGACAUGAAGAGCGAUGUCUCCCGUCUGCCGGCCACUUUGGCCCGUAUUCCGCCGGUGGCGCAACGCUUGCAAAUGUCCGAGCGUUCCAUACUGUCGCGUCUGGCGGCCACCGCUGGCAAUGCUUCUAAUGCAGCUCAAUUGAUGCCUCAAUUCCCGGCCGGGUUUCAAGGCACCUCAUUGCCGGCAUUCACUGGCGGACCCGCCGGCAACUUUGCCAACUUUCGGCCACAGUUCUCGGUGCCCGGGCAGCUGGCCAACAACACCGGCGGCUCCUGAGCGCCUCAAUCGCAUUCAAAUUCCAUGGAAAUUAAUUACUCUUGAGCUAAGAAUUUAAACUACGUAAACAACAUAUAAAAACGCAUAAUACCCAAAACACGCAUAUAAUAUUUAUCAUAAUCAUUUGCAAUGAAAUUAAUAACCGUUCACAAAUUCAAUAUUUGCCGCAUUCUAUAAAUAGAACAUUUUGGCUGGCCUACGGGCCAAUUAAUAAUACCACUUAAAUUACAUAAUUGCUUAAUAAAACUUACUAUGUAAUUUUAUUAAAUAUAGAUUACAAAUACAAUAUAAAUUGAAUU